CAAUUGUACAUGGUCAACACAGCCUCUGCAUUCUACAUUCGCUGCACGUUGAAACGCACGCACUUCAAUGUGAGGCAAGACAAAGCACGAUGACGCCGGCCGUCGUUCCCACCGCCUCAACGUGGGUGCUCCGCUUCAAGCACAACCGCACCACCCUCUUCCUCCACUGUGACCCACUGCAGAAGCUCUCGUCAAUCCGCGCUGAGCUACUGAAGGCCAUCCAACAGACCAGCCCGGACGGCAAGCUCAAUGGGCAUGCUAUACCAGACCAUGCAUCAGACAUCUUGCUAGCAAGACCAGUGGACAUCAACGACCUCACUCUAGGCUGGGAAGCAAUCGACACAGGCCACAGUGAGGAUGGAAUGCUCGAGGACAAGAAGGGCAAGGGCAAGGCUACCGCAAGUGCUGGUCGAGGCAAGCUCAGUAAAGAUGCAGGAACGGACUGUCCGCAGGGCGUGGGAUUGAAGGACGGCGGGGUGGUGGCCUUCAGGUUCCGGUUGGAUGCAGAUGCUUCGAAUUUGAACAUGGACGAGGGCAUCGACAUUGAGGAGGAUGAGAAGCUGGUUAGCGGUAUGCUUGCUGGUGAGUCUAUGGCUGAGAAGUGGGAUGUAGUGGUGCCGACCAUGGAGGAGACGUAUGGGGAUGACGAGAUGGCAGAGGCGGCGGAGACGGAUGUGAUGGGUACGGGUGGGAAGAAUGCAAGCGGGCGAGGCGAGCGCUGAGUAUAGCGCUGAUGGCGGGUUCGACAACGUUUGUCUAAUUAAGCCGCAAUGACCUCAUUGGACGGUGCAACAGAGUCGCCACAGCUUUGGGGAGCAACUGGAGCUCUCAGACGAUCACUAAGAGAUUGUACGACCGAGUUCUAGUGAUGACAGAGCAUGUGGCACGGCGAAGCGGCUUACUGUUCAGCAUCCCGUACUUAGCCUCUGCUUGUACGUGAACUUCCUGGGCGUCGGUCGAGACGCCACAGUUCUCGCGGUGACCUCCCACAAACCACCACUUCUCUGCUUGCAUGGCUGCCAAUAAUGCUCCAGGUUGACCAAUCCUAAAGUUG